AUGUUUGGUAAUAAAAAUAAAUCUAAAAAGAAUGAAGCUGAUCCAUUCUCAAAGAUCGAAGCAGAUUUGAAUAGUGGAAUCACAGAUGCUUUGCAAGAGGUCGAUAUGGGUCAGAUCGAUAAGAUGAUGAAGAAUGAUAUCAAAGACGAUGAUAUUCAACUUACUGAUGCGGAUAUGGACGAUCCAGAGUUGCUUGCUCAGUUGACUACCAUUGAGAGUGGUUCAAAACUCGAGAAACCAAAGCCACCACCUAAGCCAGUGGCUUCAACCACCACCACCACUGCGACAAUCCAACAAACUACUACAACAAAGUCUGUAGUACCACCGAAAAAGAAGCAACUCACUGAAGAGGAACAAGAGGAAUUGAUGUUAAAGAGAGAGUUGGGUGAAGUAGAUGACGACGACGACGAUAACCAAGAUGAUUCCAAUGAUUUCCAAGCACUCAUACCUGUACUAGAGAACCGUCUAAGCAUCUAUAAACAGAAUGCUCUCCAAUCUAAAAGAGCGGAUGAUAUUGAAAGUGCAAAGCUAUUUGUCAGUGGAUAUAAAAAGAUCGAAGCUGCUCUAAGUGAACUUAAUAAUGGUAUUCCAAUUGAUGUUAGAUCAUUACCACCCGAAGUUAAAUUACUAGCACCAUCAGCUGCUGCUGCUGCACCAUCAAAACCUGUUGCAACAUCACCAACAAAUACAUCACCAACAAGCAGACCACUACCAGUACAGCAACAACCAAAACUACAACCCAAAGUCGAAAUAAUGUCAAAGGAAAAGAUCGAGUUGGAGGAACGUAAUCAAACCUGGGAGUUGUUCGAAGAAGAAUUUCAAAAGAAACUAUUAUUUUUACAAUCGGAAGCAUUGAAAUAUAGAGAAAUAGAUAAACAUAAAGCUAUUAUAUUUUUAAAAGAGAGUAAAGGUAUUCAUGCUAUUAUCGAUCAAAUAGUGAUUAACAAGAAUCAAGGUCUAUCACCACCACCAUUCCACUUUGAGAACAAAGAGAUUCAAAAUGAAGUGAUCAAUCAGGAUAUCAAGGAGAAUGAAAUGGUAAUAACCAUUGGAAAGUAUGAAUUCCCAAAGAGCUUUGGAAAUAUCGACAGCUAUGCCCAAAUGGACUUCCCAUAUCCUUCGACCGAUGAACCUACCAAGCUGACCACAGGAUCAUCAAACAGUGUCACCUCCAAGGACUAUGCCUUCAAGACAACGAUCACCAUGGAAAAGAAAAAGACAUUCCUAAGAGUUGCCGAGAAGAAAAAGGUUCAACUUAGCAUUGUAUCAUCGAAAAUGUUCUUUAUGAAGAGUGUCGUCGGUAAAUGUGAGAUUAAGCUUGCACCGCUGAUGACACAAUGUCAAAUCAUUGAAAAGGCACCGAUCAUGAAGGAGGGCACCAAGAAAGAGUUGGGUGGAUACGUUGAGAUUUCAAUUAGACUAAGAACUCCAUUGGAUAGCAAGCAAAUCCAAAAGAAGAUUGAAAGAGUAUUGGUUUUGGAUGGUCCACUAGGAGAAACUAAUACCACCACAACCACUACCACGACUACUGCCAGCACCACAACAACCACUUUCGUCGCUCCAACUCUGAUUACCUCUACUCCAUCAACACCUUCCUCAACAUCUGUACCAUCUACACCGCCACCACCAACUAAUACAUCACCAGAGAUCACUAAACCAACUACACCAUCAAAACCAGAAACCUCAACACCUCCACCAACCCAGGUUGCUAAACCAGCACCAGUACCAACACAAAAACCACCAGCUAGCACACCACCAACACCUGUACAGAAUGAAGAGGAAGAAGAAGAUGAUCCAGAAAGUUUGGAUAGAAUUGUAUCAAACGAUGUAAUGGAAGCUUUGUUGGAAUCAAUUAACAAACAAUUAAUGGCAGGAUCUGCACAACCAGAAUUAUUAGAUAGAAAACAGGCAAUUGAAUUAAAGUUGAUGAUAUUAGAAACUCAAGUAUCGUCAGGUAUGUUGACUAUCGAAAACUAUGUAAAACAAUUGGAAGAAGCCAUUCUCAAAGAUAAAAUAUUGGCAAAGAAACUGGUUGGUGAAGGAAAGAAAGAAAAGGCAAUGCUAGUAAUGCAAAGAGUGAAAACAAUGACAAAGGAAUUAGAGUCUGCAACAGCAGCAGAGGAAUAA